UUCAACCCCAUCUGUGUGUGUGAGUAAUUGACUUAAAAAAACAGAGAGGGAAAAGAGGGCAUUCCAUUUCCAGCCACCGCCGAUCCGAUGGAUCCAGACUCUGUGUCCAAGGCAUUCGUGGAGCACUACUACUCCACCUUCGAUUCCAAUCGUGCCGGCCUCGCCAACCUCUACCAGGACGGCUCCAUGCUCACCUUCGAGGGCCAGAAGAUCAUGGGAUCUGCUAACAUCGUCGCCAAGCUCACUGGUUUGCCCUUCCAGCAGUGCCAGCAUCAGAUUUCCACCGUCGAUUGCCAGCCUUCCGGCCCCGCCGGUGGAAUGGUCGUCUUCGUCUCUGGAAAUCUCCAGCUCGCCGGCGAGCAGCACGUCCUCAAGUUCAGUCAGAUGUUCCACCUGAUGCCAACUCCUCAAGGAAGCUUCUACGUGCUAAAUGAUAUUUUCCGCUUGAACUAUGCCUGAAGCUUGGCAUUGCAAACUGAACACAAACAGGGUCUCAACUGAACUUGGUUUCCCUCUGAUCUGAGUGUUCCAAAGCACAAAAAAAGUGCUGCUAUUCAAAAGUAUGGAUUUAGCUACAUCUGCUUGGGUGUUUGUGUAUUCUUGACCAGUUUGUGGAUAUUUGAGAUUGAUUCCCAGUUGAGAUGUGUUGAGUUCCAUUACUAUCUCUUUCUCCUUCCCUAGCAUGUGCCAGAACUUUACAUUUUGUUGAUGCACCACAUUUCGUUCUCCGUUCUAAGUUUGGGCAGUGUUUAUUUGAAAGGAUUGUGAUGUGAAAAAUUUCUUUUACAUAAAAAAUGAAUAUAUUUGUUGGCAGAGCAAAAA